AGUGAAAUUUGUCCAGUAGCAUAUAGAGAAAUCGAGCGACGACUGCUGCCAAAAACAAAGAGGAAAAAAGAAAAAGACCGCGAAAUUCACAAUGGUUUCAGUAUUUGAAGAGGCCUGUACAUUUCCAAAAAUGGACAUCAUACCUAGACACUGUUUAACGAAACAAGAUUAUAUUGAUAUGUUAGCCACUCCAAGUCGCAAAUGUCCGCCAGAGUGUCAAAAAAAGAUGGUACUUAGAAAAUUGAAACCUGUAUCACCGCGAAUCAAAGAACUGGCUCAGCCGACGAGACAACGAAUGUUAAUAACUUUACAACAAGGCGCAUCGAUAUUACCCCCAGCUCUUUUGGACAAUCUAGUCCGAACCAUAGAGAAAGAAACUUGCUUAACUCCUGAGCAGGCUGCGAAAAUUUCACGCAAGAAAAAGGCUCGCGGAAAGAAAAGAAAAGGAGGAACAGACAAGUGGCAAUAUAAAGAGGCAAACAAAUUAAAGAAACCGGGCGGUGGUAUGACGCCUACAGGAUCUUUCGACAAAGAUUCAGUUUCUUGUCAAUACCUUAUGGCUGAGCGUUUUGUCCGAAGUAUUUUAAAAUGGAAAUGUUCAUAUCCUAAGUCGGAAUUCAACGAUGUCGCGGAAGUGAUAGUUCGACGUUUGGUAGAUAUUCUCGAAUAUAGCCCUCCGCAAGACGAAGACCGUAAGUCGCAACAAGUGCGCCAUUUGGCCGAUGUGAUAGCUUGUUGGAUAACCGAAGUGCUGACCGAGGUUGCGCAAUAUCAAGAGGAAAAACUCAUGGAACAAUGUAAAAAGAAAGAAGAAGAAAUGAAAAUAGACGAGGAGGAGGAGGAAGAGGAAGAGGAAGAGGAGGACGAGGACGAGGAAGAUAAAGAUAAAGAUCUGAAGAGAUAUGAAGACGAUGACGAUCGUGAACCAGAUUUAGACUGGGAAGAGGACAAAAAAACAAUAGAUAAAAAAAUAAAAGAAAGAGAAGUUGUGUCGAAGCUUGAAAAAGAAGAUGUAACACCUGAAAUGGAUGAUAAAGUAGAAGAAAAAAUCAAGCCUGAAAUAGAACAACCAGAAGUAACAGAAAUGGAAUUACUGGUGGAAGUAGAGACAGAAACUCAAGUAGAAUCAGAAGAACAAGUGGAGACGGAGAUGCAAACGGAGCCAAAAGUCCAAGUUGAAGCGGAAGUAGAAACUCAAUUAGAUACAGAAACGGAAGUGGGAAAAGAAAUAAAAUUAGAACCAGAAUCAGAACCAGAAUUAGAAUCAGAACCCAAAUUCGAACCUGAACCAGAAGCAGCA